AUGUGCAACGACUCGCAAAAAGUUUUCGUCCCUGCUGCUGGAGAAUAUGGCUAUAGUUACCGUACCCUCCUUGGCAAGACUAUCACGGGCGUAUUUGAGUGUAAUGACAACUGUGGCUGUCAACAGAAGCGGUGCUAUAACCGUGUCGUGCAACAGCCGAUCAAGUACCCUAUCCAGAUUUAUAAGACCGCACAAAGUGGUUGGGGUGUUCGAGCACUAUGUGACAUCCCAGCGGGCGCAUUCAUUGCCAACUAUGUGGGAGCACUGUUGACAGACAGUAUAGCUGAUGCUCUCCAUGGAGAGGACGAGUACUUCGCCGAUUUGGACCUCAACGAUGCUGUGGAAAACGAGAAGGCGACAACUCUCGAGAAAUGCGGAUAUCUGGAUAUGGGACUGGGUAGUUCGGAUGAGGAAGAGGAACAGGUGCAGUCAAAGAAAGACGCGGAAGACGAUGGAAUCGGUUCUGAUGCCUCAUCUUCGUCUUCAAGCGAGGAGGAGCAGCCGAAAUCAAAGCGUAGUAAACGUAAACGUAGGGAGGAGGAAGAAAUGAAUCGGCGAAGGAAGAAAUUGAAUGCAGCCGAGUUGGAGAAAAUUGAUGCUGCGGCUGCCGGCGGCUGUGGGUGA